AACUGUGGCAAGAGAGCAUUCGAUUGGGGAGUUUGGGUCAACAGAGAGAAAGUGGGGAACAGAAGUAAAAUAAAGCCUCCACGUUUUCCGCGUCAUGGAUCCGCUGCCGGCAGCGCUCCGGUGGCGCACGACCGCCAUCCCAUUCCUCUUGGCGGUCCUCCUUUUAUCCUUCGUCUCCCCUUCGCGCGCAAUCUACUGCGACGAAGAUGAUUGCUACGAUCUGCUUGGGAUUUCUCAGAGUGCCAAUGCUUCCGAAAUCAAGAAAGCUUACUACAAACUCUCCUUGAAGCAUCAUCCAGAUAAGAACCCUGAUCCCGAAUCGCGAAAGCUGUUUGUUAAAAUCGCCAAUGCUUACGAGAUUUUGAAGGACGAGGCCACGCGCGAACAAUAUGAUUAUGCAAUUGCACAUCCAGAGGAGGUGUUUUAUAAUACUGCACGCUACUAUCGGGCAUACUAUGGUCACAAGACGGAUCCUCGAGCUGUGUUGGUUGGCCUUCUUAUUAUUCUUUCAGGUUUUCAAUAUCUAAAUCAAUCAACAAGGUAUAAUCAGGCUGUAGCCAUGGUCAAGAAGACACCUGCAUAUAAAAAUAAACUAAGGGCAUUGGAACUUGAACGCAGUGGAGGGAUUACAAACAAGAAGAAGAGUCAGAAGAAUACCGUCAAGAAAGUGGAGCAAGACCUUAGCAAUGAACUCGACCUGCAGAUAAGUGGAGCUGAAAGGGCCUCUGUGUGGAAACUUCUUGGUGUCCGCUUUGUUCUAUUACCUUAUACCUUAGGCAAGCUGCUACUUUGGUCUGCCUGCUGGUUUUGGAGAUACAGAGUGAAGAAACACUCUUAUUCUUGGGAGGAUGCUUCUUAUCUGACACAAAGAUCCCUUGGUAUUCCUCUCGAUAGAUGGAGACAUAUUGAUGAAGCAACAAAGGAAGAUCUUGUGCUCAAACGCUUAUGGGAGAAAUCGAAUAUGGAGAGCUAUGUAGCAGAGAUGCGGAAAGAAUCAAAACGCAGAAGAUAGCUGCAUUGGUGGCCUCGUCUGCACUGCAUUUAAAGUUCUAAAUUUGGUUUUACUUAUGAAGUUGAACUGAACCGCGAAGUGACAAUCAAAGUUAAAAUUGGAAAGCUGCUAAUUGAUUUGCGGGAGGAGGGGGUGAUAGAAGCAGAAUUAUUCAUUUCAACCACGAAAUCGUGGAGUCAUAAACAUAGUUUAUUGAGUUUAAACAUGUCUCUGACAGCCUGUAAACAGUGAACACUAAAGAAUACCGCAUUAAUUUUAUUUUUUUUGUUUCAAAGUCAGGUAUUUAAGCCUCACGCUUCCUAGAAUCGGAUGUUCGGUAGUGGUUUUCUGCUACAAUUUUAAUGAGAUUAUAUGAAUUCUCGGCAUGUUACAGUAGAGUUUUGACUUGAA